ACCCUGUGCUACCGUUAACUAGCGUGACUAGCGGGUCCGGCUAAGCUGUUAGCAUUUUAUAGAAGUUUCCGAGGAAAAGGUUGAAUUAACAGAACCGUGAAGGAUGUCUGGAAGCGCGGGAGAGUGGUGUCUGAUGGAGAGCGACCCCGGGGUGUUUACGGAGCUCAUUAAAGGCUUUGGUUGUAAAGGAGCUCAGGUGGAGGAGAUAUGGAGUAUGGAGCCGGAGAACUUUGAGAACUUGAAACCCGUCCACGGCCUGAUCUUCCUGUUCAAGUGGCAGCCGGGGGAAGAGCCGGCCGGCUCCAUCGUCCAGGACUCCAGACUCGACCACAUCUUCUUCGCCAAACAGGUGAUAAACAACGCGUGUGCUACUCAGGCGAUCGUCAGCGUGCUGCUGAACUGCACUCACUCCGACAUGCUGCUGGGAGACACGCUGACGGAGUUCAGGGAGUUCUCUCAGAGCUUUGAUGCAGCGAUGAAAGGUUUGGCUCUCAGCAACUCUGAAGUGAUCAGACAAGUUCACAACAGCUUUGCCAGACAGCAGAUGUUUGAGUUUGAUGCAAAGUCGUCAGCGAAGGACGAGGACGCGUUCCACUUUGUGAGUUACGUUCCAGUGAACGGGCGGCUGUACGAGCUGGACGGGCUGAGAGAGGGACCCAUCGACCUGGGCGUUUGCACCCAGGACGACUGGAUCAACGCAGUUCGCCCGGUCAUUGAGAAGAGAAUACAGAAGUACAGCGAAGGAGAGAUCAGGUUCAACCUGAUGGCCAUCGUUUCGGACAGAAAGAUGAUCUACGAGAGGAAAAUCACGGAGCUGCAGGCGCAGCUCACUGAGGACGAGCCGAUGGACACGGACCAGAACAGCACGUUUCUCAGCUCCAUCCAGUCAGAGAUCGCCAAGUUCCAGCUGCUCAUCGAGGAGGAAAAUCAGAAACUCAAACGAUAUAAGGUUGAAAAUAUCCGACGAAAGCACAAUUACCUUCCGUUCAUCAUGGAGUUACUGAAGACGCUGGCGGAAUACCAGCAGUUAAUACCUCUGGUGGAGAAGGCGAAGGAGAAACAAAGCUCCAAAAAGGCCCAGGAGGCGAAGUGAAGGAUCUGCUGCAGCAGCAGAGAAGACCCGGAGACGCAGAACCCCCGGCUGAGCAGCAGCACCGACCCGUUCACCACUUCACCUGAAUGUUCAUCACUUCACCUGCAGCCGCUCACCGGGGCUCCUGUCACCACCAUGAAGAAGAGACUGCAGACUCAGAGACUGAAUCAUUACGGCUCAUGCAUGAUGGAAGGAAAGACGCUCAAACUUGUUCUUGUCUUAUUUUCAUAAUAAAAUGUCUAGAUGCUUGUGAA